AUGCCCAUGACAUUACCAAAGCUUGUGGAAGCGGAUUUGCCAUUGUACAUACGUGUACCGUCGUUGACAUCAGUCCCAGGGAAGAUAUUACUGGGAAAUCUAGAAGAGGCGUCAAGCUUUUUCGUCAAGGCAUUACUUAUUCGUCAGAAGUAUAUGAAAAUUAGCAGGCAAAGUUUCUGCCGUACUACCGAAAAGGCACUAAAAACUUAUGUUGAUAAAUCUCUUGAAUGUAUCGAUCACGAAGAUGUUGCUCGCUCAAUUUGUGCCGGAUUACCGACAGAAUCUUUUGAAGAUGUAAACCCCUUCGAUAUCGAAUUUUUACCAGAUAAUGGUAACGUUUGUAAAAUAAAAAAUGGUAUUGUCAUGGUCUAUGAAGAUAAGGAUGCAUUAGAGCGAGAAAAACCACUAGACUUGAAACAUCCGGAUGUACAGGAAUUUGUUUCGGAUAGAAACGUUCUGUUAGCUUUAUGUUCUCAUGGACCAAUAAAAUCAUUUGCGUAUCGUCGAAUGUCUUUUCUCGAAUCACGAUUUAAUUUGCAUGUGUUACUAAAUGAAACAAAUGAGAUUGCAGCUCAAAAGCGAGUUUCACAUCGAGAUUUUUAUAACGUCCGAAAAGUUGACACUCACGUUCACGCGGCCUCAUGCAUGAAUCAAAAACACUUACUACGAUUUAUUAAGAAUAAAAUGAAAAAUUGUCCGAACGAAGAGGUCUUGUUUCGUAAUGGAAAUGUGAUGACCUUGGAAAAAGUUUUUAGGAGUCUUAAUCUUACGUCAUAUGACUUAAGUGUUGAUAAGUUGGAUGUCCAUGCGGACCGAAACACUUUUCAUCGAUUCGAUAAAUUCAAUCUCAAGUAUAACCCUAUUGGGGAAAGUCGAUUAAGAGAGAUAUUUUUGAAAACUGACAAUUACGUCGAUGGAAGAUAUUUUGGAGAGCUAAUCAAGGAGGUUGCAUACGAACUAGAAGACAGCAAAUACCAAAUGGCUGAGCCCCGCUUAUCAAUAUACGGCAAAUCGAAAAUUGAAUGGGAUAAAUUAGCUAGAUGGGCUGUGAACAACAGCGUGUAUUCAGAUAAUGUGAGAUGGCUAAUCCAAAUCCCUCGUCUGUAUAACAUUUAUAAAUCCAAUAACCUCCUCAAUAAUUUCCAAGAAAUGUUGGAUAACAUAUUCACACCCCUGUUUGAAGUCACAUGCAAUCCUAGUUCUCACCCGGAAUUGCACCGUUUUUUGCCACAGCUAAUUGGCUUUGAUAGUGUAGAUGACGAAAGUAAAGCUGAAAACCAUUUAUUUCAUGAAGAUAGCCCAUUGCCAAAUGAAUGGGAUCUACCGGAGAAUCCUCCAUACUCUUAUUAUUGUUUUUACAUGUUUGCCAAUAUUACUGCGCUAAAUAAUUUACGAAAGCAACGUGGUCUUAACUGUUUUAUGUUUCGACCACAUUGUGGAGAAGCAGGUUCGGUAGAGCACUUGAUGGCUGCUUUUAUCUUAGCGCAAAAUAUUUCUCAUGGUUUAUUACUGCGAAAGGUUCCCGCUUUGCAAUAUUUAUAUUAUUUGGCUCAGGUGGGCAUUGCAAUGUCACCUUUAAGUAACAAUUCAUUGUUUCUGAAUUAUCAUCGAAACCCUCUUCCAUCGUAUCAUGCAAGAGGGCUAAUUGUAUCGAUUUCGUCUGAUGACCCUCUACAAUUCCAUUUUACAAAGGAACCUUUGAUGGAAGAAUAUAGUAUUGCAGCACAAGUAUGGAAACUUAACCCUUGUGAUAUGUGUGAACUGGCCCGAAAUAGUGUGUGGAUGAGUGGUUUCGAGCACAAUUUGAAGAAACAUUGGCUAGGAGAAAAUUACCUGAAAGAGGGUAUUGAAUCAAAUUCUAUCAGUUGCACGAAUGUCCCUGGUAUUCGUGUGGCCUACAGACAUGAAACUUUAGAAGAAGAGCUGUGUACAAUCUGUGAUCCCCAGAUUAAGGAUCAUAUUCCACCUCAUUCGUAA